AGCUUCGACAAGGUCAUCGCCCAAUUGCGCAGCUCGAACGAUCCGGUCGUCGUUUUGAUGGAUGGGCGUUACGAUUCGUCUCGUGAUGCUCAGCAUUGUAUGGUGACGGCGGUGGAUUUGAAGUCAGGAAUGAUCGUGGGGACUGAGACCAUGCUCCGGGGGAGCGAGUCGUCUUGGAAGCUGGAAACACAAUGUGUGGAGAAACUGCUUCAUCGGUUGAAGGACGAGAAGAACCUCAUAAUCGCAGAGGUUGUGUAUGAUGAUUGUGGCGCGGUUGACGUCAUAUUGCGGCGAAUGAACAUUGACUCGCAAAAGUGUAUGUGGCAUAAGACAAAGACUUUGGUCAAACGCUUGCGAGAGGCUGUGCGCGGCACGAAGACUGUCAAACCAGCUGUGGUCGAGGCUUGUGAGCAUGUGCGCGAGGUGAAGUGUUUCACAAAGAAGGCGCUCGAACUUUGGCUCGAAACGAAAUUUGUACGCGAAGCAGGGGUGUCCACGAAAAAAAAGGAUGAACUCGUUGAGAUUGUUUGGGGUGUGCUCUUCCCCGACGAAGCAGGGAAGGCGUUGCCAGAUGAUGUCGUCAAGAUCGACGCAUUGCAAACACUGCAUUGCAAUGCGGUGAAGGAGGCGAAGGAGUGGUUGUACGGCGCUUGCAGGCUGCGCGAGCGCGCAAGGGAUGACGAUGGCGAUGUGUUGAUCACUCAUGUGCAACACCUCGCCAAUCAUUGGGCCGGGGAUCAGUCGCGUUGCGAUAAUGAGUUGUCCAACCUGUGCAAAGCGGUCGGUGGUCCGGACAGAGAGCCAUUGUACGAGGCGGGGGGACGUGUUCAUUUGACCAUCGCGCGGUGUUUUGAACAGUUCGCUUCUAAUACGAAGAUGGCAUACUACACACGUGCGAGGAUGACCUUCAACAACGAGUGCUUCCACUCCGUGAUUAACAAGUACUGCACGAAACGCCUGAACUUCCCCAAGUCAUAUGAGGCGCGCGUCUGUUGCACCGCUUUGGAGUGGAACAAAAACAAACGAAUCAAGCGAUUGCGCACAGUCUUCUGCAAAUCGACAAACGUAACCCAUCGACGUCGAUCCGCACGACAACAUAUAUUCGUUGCCCGGGAUACGUCGUGGCGCUUCGACAUUGCAACUGAAGUUUUCGGCAGCCCUCGAGUUGGUGACUGGGCACGUAACAUGUUGCAGCAAUCGGACGUCGACGACCCAGUUAUUGAGCAUUAUGAUGAGGAAGCUGAUUAUGGACUCCCUGAUGCCGUUGAUAGUGCGGUGGAGGGUGUUGUGGCCUAAGCUGACAACGUUUUCGUAGAGCCGGGAAGCAAAACUGCU